CCCGGGCGUAGGUGGAGGAGAACGCGACCGUGACUCCGGCGUCGUAGGGGCCCGUCCCCGAGCUUCACCACCACCUCAGGGCCCACUACCGGGACCGCCUGGUGCUCUUCAUCGUUGGGCACUGGCUGUGCCGCCUGGCGCAGUGGCGGGCCCUCGGCCACAGCAGGCUUCUCCACCUCCUUGUGGGGGCCCUGGUGGCCCCGGCGGCGGUCCUGGAGACGCUCUUGGUGCGGCAACUGCGGGGGUGGGCGCGGCAGGGGUGGUGGUGGGCGUGGGUGGUGCCGUGGGCGUUGGCGGCUGCUGCUCGGGCCCGGGGCACAGCAAGCGGCGGCGUCAAGCUCCCGGCGUUGGCGCAGUUGGCGGGGGCAGUCCGGAGCGUGAAGAGGUCGGAGCAGGCUACAACAGUGAAGACGAAUAUGAAGCCGCCGCGGCACGAAUCGAGGCCAUGGAUCCUGCCACUGUGGAGCAGCAGGAACACUGGUUUGAAAAGGCCUUACGGGACAAGAAAGGCUUCAUCAUCAAACAGAUGAAGGAGGAUGGUGCCUGUUUAUUCCGGGCUGUAGCUGACCAGGUGUAUGGAGACCAGGACAUGCAUGAGGUUGUACGAAAACAUUGCAUGGACUAUCUGAUGAAGAAUGCUGACUACUUCUCCAACUAUGUCACAGAAGACUUCACGACCUAUAUCAAUCGCAAGAGGAAAAACAACUGCCAUGGCAACCACAUUGAGAUGCAGGCUAUGGCAGAGAUGUACAACCGUCCUGUGGAGGUGUAUCAAUAUAGCACAGAACCUAUCAACACAUUCCAUGGGAUCCAUCAAAAUGAAGAUGAACCCAUCCGUGUCAGCUACCACCGGAAUAUCCACUAUAAUUCAGUGGUGAAUCCUAACAAGGCCACUAUUGGUGUAGGGUUGGGCCUGCCAUCAUUUAAACCAGGGUUUGCAGAACAGUCCUUGAUGAAGAAUGCCAUAAAGACAUCAGAGGAAUCAUGGAUUGAACAACAAAUGUUGGAAGACAAGAAACGAGCCACAGACUGGGAGGCCACAAAUGAGGCCAUAGAGGAGCAGGUGGCUCGAGAAUCCUACCUGCAGUGGCUGAGGGAUCAGGAGAAACAGGCCCGCCAGGUCCGGGGACCCAGCCAGCCCCGGAAAGCCAGUGCCACAUGCAGUUCAGCCACAGCUGCAGCCUCCAGUGGCCUGGAGGAAUGGACUAGUCGGUCUCCAAGGCAACGAAGUUCAGCCUCAUCACCUGAGCACCCUGAACUGCAUGCUGAGCUAGGCAUUAAGCCCCCUUCCCCAGGCACUGUGUUAGCUCUUGCCAAACCUCCUUCACCCUGUGCACCAGGUACAAGCAGUCAGUUCUCAUCAGGGGCUGACCGGGCCACAUCUCCCCUAGUGUCCCUCUACCCUGCUCUGGAGUGCCGGGCCCUCAUCCAGCAGAUGUCCCCCUCUGCCUUUGGUCUGAACGAUUGGGAUGAUGACGAGAUCUUAGCAUCGGUGCUGGCAGUGUCCCAACAGGAAUACCUAGACAGUAUGAAGAAAAACAAAGUGCACAGAGACCCACCCCCAGACAAGAGUUGAUGGAGACCCAGGGACUGGACACAAUCACCUGACCCCUCCACUCCUGCCCUUUGAUGCCACCCAGCCUUCUUUGGCUUUUUUCCCUCUUGGCUUCCUCCGUUCGUUUCCUCUUUUCCUUUUCCACUUCCCUCUGGCUGGCCCACCUAUGCGCUCCAUCCAUCUCAUCCCUGCCACCACCACACUGGUCUCUGCCAGCUGAUGUGCCCUGUUGCCCCCCUGCACAGCACCAUCUCAGCAUUCCACAGGGGACUCUGAAAAGGGUGCCAAAGGUAGGCGAGAGGCACAGAGACAGACCAUGCGGCAGCCAGGCAGCCCCCGAAAAGAGAGACACUGAGACAAAGGGAGUCUUCUGCUCACCCUUCUUUACAGAUCAGAGAAACGUCGCGCCUCUGCCACAGUGGUGACAGGACAGGCGGGAGUGGGAAAUUUUCCUUCCUAGUACCCCAAGAAUCUGAGCCUUCCAUAUUAAAUUUUCUUUUAUGAAAUGUACUUUUAUCUUAUAAAAUCAAGAAUUAUGUCCGUGGCAACACUGGCUCCUUGACAAUGGUAUCUCCGGUUUGGAGACAGUCAAGCUGGCCAUGGGGCAUGGUGGGCAGGCAAAGAGAUGAUUUUCUGCUGUCUUCUGGCCUCCAGCUCCUUGGAGGGGUCAAGGAUAUGAUUCAGAGGAAGGUGGCAGGGUUGCAGGUGGCAGACUGGCUUUGGACAAUGAACCCUGACCUUGCUGCAUUCCUUUUGCUUCCACCACUAGUCUGUUUGGACUCUUGAGGUGGGGGUAUCUUUGGAGAUCAUGGCCGCUACCCAAGAUUUGAGUUUAGGGAGUGGGAGCAGCCUCCACAGGUGGGGCGCCCGUGCCCUGCAGGUGUUGACAAGAUCCACCGUCUGUAAUGUCCUUGGCACAAUAAAACCAAAUGUCAGUUUCCCUGA